AUGCCUGUUGCAUCGUCGCCGUCAUGCUCAACCGCGUCAAAAGGAGAUGCACGUGACCGGCCUGCGGCUCUUCGCCGUCUCUCGCCAACUCCCGCGAAUACAUCCAGCUCCCUCAUGCCGCCUGAACGCUCUAAUGUACCGGUGAAGCUGUCCCUGCCCCUAUCUUACCAGCAGGACAUCUUCACCGAACUGCGCUCCGAGGAUGAGCUCGUCAUCCUCGCCCGCGGCCUGGGGCUGCUCCGUUUGGUGACAAAUUUACUGCAUUUCUAUGAUGCCGCCGGCCAUAAUCUGGUCUUGGUUGUUGGUGCCGACGACAGAGAAAAUGAAUGGAUCGGAGAAGCCCUAGCAGAGCAGUAUGCUAUUAGCGGGUCGCCUCUGGCGAGGGGGUUGAAGGUGAUAAAUACGGAAAGAGCCACUGUUCCAAUGAGGGAGAGGAUCUACUUGGAAGGGGGCAUUUUAAGUGUAACCUCCAGAAUCCUUAUCGUAGAUCUGUUGUCCAAGCUUCUUGACCCAGAAAAGAUAACCGGCAUGGUAGUCUUGCAUGCCGAGAAGUAA